AUGCAGAGCUGUGGAUCCAGAGCAGCAUCUGCAGCAGCUGGGAAGUCAUUCCAGGCUCUCAGCCCAGUGUUCUGGCAACAGUUUGAUCUGAAGAUGGCAGCCAGGGUGCUCUGGGGCAGCCUGAGCCUGCUCCGAGUGCUGUGGUGUCUCCUUCCGCAGACAGGCUACGUGCACCCAGAUGAGUUCUUCCAGUCACCUGAGGUCAUGGCAGAGGACAUCCUGGGUGUGCAGGCCACCCGGCCUUGGGAGUUUUACCCCAGCAGCUCCUGCCGCACGGUGGUCUUCCCUCUACUGACCUCUGGCUCUACAUUCUGGCUGCUCAGGCUCUGGGAAGAGCUGGGGCCAUGGCCUGGCCUGGUGAGUGGCUAUGUGCUGCUGGUGGGGCCCCGGCUUCUCCUCACUGCUUUCUCCUUUGCCCUAGAUGGGGCUGUGUACCACCUGGCCCCACUGUGGGGGGCGAAUCGCUGGAAUGCUCUGGUCCUGCUGUCUGGUUCUUACGUCACUCUGGUCUUCUACACAAGGACCUUCUCCAACAACAUUGAGGGGCUGCUCUUUGCGUGGCUGCUGGUGCUUAUGUCCCCCCGUAUAAUCAGGAGCCCCACACUUAAGAAGUCUGCUCCAGGUCCAUGGUGGCACAGCUGGCUUCUUGGGGGCAUCGUGGCUGCGGGCUUCUUCAACCGGCCCACCUUUCUGGCCUUUGCUCUUGUCCCCCUUUUCCUCUGGGGCACUCAUGGAGCCACAAACCCUGGUUUCAAGUCCCUAGCCAGAGAGGCCCUGACACUCUUCCCAGGGGCGGCCCUCACAGCAGCAGUGUUUGUAGCCACAGACAGCUGGUACUUCUCCAGCCCCUCUCGAUCCAGUCCCCUUGUUCUUACACCUGUCAACUUCUUACACUAUAACCUCGAUCCCCAAAACCUGGCCCGGCAUGGCACACACAUGCGGCUCACUCACCUGGCAGUCAAUGGCUUUCUGCUCUUUGGGGUGUUGCAUGCCCAGGCCUUGCAGGCUGCCUGGCAACAGCUCCAGGUCUGCCUCCAAGCCUUUGCACAAAUGGGCUUCCAGAGGGCACUGGGUGCCCGGAGCCAACUGCCCAGCCCCAGACCUUACCUCCUUCUCCUUUACUUCAUGCCCCUGGCCUUGCUAUCUGCCUUUUGCCACCAGGAAGCUCGGUUCCUAAUUCCCCUCCUGGUUCCCCUAGUCCUGCUUUGCAGUCCCCAGACCCAGCCUGUGCCCUGGAAGGGCACCCUGUUUCUCUUCAACGCCCUGGGUGCCUUCUUCUUUGGCUGCCUGCAUCAGGGGGGUCUGGUUCCGGGUCUGGAGUACCUGGAGCAGGUGGUCCACACCCCUGUGCUCCCAAGCACCCCCACCCACUACACGCUUCUCUUUACCCAUACCUACAUGCCCCCCCAGCACCUUCUCCACCUCCCAGGCCUGGGGUCACCUGUAGAAGUGGUGGACAUGGGUGGGACAGAAGACUGGGUCUUGUGCCAAGCACUGAAAACCUUCUCCAGACGAUCAGCCUGCCAAGAGGCUGGUGGGCCAUGGCUCUGCCGCCUCUUUGUGGUGACGCCUGGCACAACCAGGCGUGCUGUGGAGAGGUGCAGCAUUCACCUCAAGAAUGAGACGCUCAUGUUUCCUCAUUUGACCCUGGAGGAUCCACCAGCCCUGUCUUCCCUGCUGAAUGGGGCUUGGAGAGACCAUCUCAGUCUUCACAUCAUGGAGCUGGGGGCUGAAGCCUGACACUAUGACAGAGCAGCCACUGCCCAAGAUCUAGCCACAAAAUGUCACUCCACUUUCUGCUUGGGCAGCUGGGCUGGGAUACUAGGAAAGGGCUGUGGUUCUCCUUCGGGAUUCCCACUGCUGCCUCUCCUGGGGACAGUUGUUGGCUGUUCUGCCUUCUGUGUGAGCUGGCACUCUUCCCUAAGAGACCAAAGAUCUGACCUGUCACAGUCCCAAAGUCAAGGUCCCCAAAGGACCUUGAUGUAACCAAUGGCAACUAAUGUCUAUUCCUGCCCUAUUCCUUCUAGCCACUGUGAUGUUUUAAAUAUAUAA